CCCGUUUCCCCAAAAAGUCCCCAAAAAAUUCCUCCUCUUAUUUAUCUCUUAUUUUCCUUCAUUUCCGGCGUCGUAAAUUCUCCGAGCGGCAUCAUGUCAUGAAGAGAGUCAAUGUGGGCGUCUCUCCUACUGUAGUAUGGAAGGUCCGACUGAAACAAUGAUGAAUCUUCGUGUAGGACAGACAGUCGUGCGGGUGGCGGGGGGAGAUGAGGGGGUGGCAGUCGCAGGGGAGACGUCCCUACGGGGACCCCCAUCACCCACGGGGCUCCCCUAUGCCUCAGACAAGCAUCCCAAGCUGGCACUGGCAAACAUCAACAUGCUGCAGAAGAGGAGGGAGCUGUGUGACGUUGUGCUGAUUGUUGGCGCAAGGAAGAUUUUUGCUCACAGAGUAAUCUUAUCAGCAUGCAGCCCCUAUUUCCACGCCAUGUUCACCUCGGAACUCCUCGAAGCCAGACAAACAGAGGUGCCGAUCCGGGACAUAGACGAGCAUGCCGUAGACCUCCUAGUUAAUUUUUGCUACACUUCGGAGAUCACUAUAGAGGAGUCCAAUGUGCAGACCCUUCUCCCAGCAGCCUGCCUGCUUCAGAUGCAGGAGAUCCAGGAUGUGUGCUGUGAGUUCCUGAAACAGCAGUUGCACCCCUCAAACUGCCUGGGUAUCAGAGCCUUUGCCGACACCCAUUCCUGCCGUGACCUGUUGCGCAUUGCCGACAAGUUCACCCAGCAUAAUUUCCAGGAGGUAAUGGAGAGUGAGGAGUUCAUGGAACUUCCCGUGAAUCAGCUGAUGGACAUCAUCUCGAGUGACGAGCUAAAUGUCAGAUCGGAGGAGCAAGUGUUUAGUGCUGUCAUGGCCUGGGUCAAAUAUAAUGUUACGGAAAGAAGACCUUAUCUGGCACAGGUUCUUGAACAUGUCCGUCUACCUCUGCUUAGUCCAAAGUUCCUAGUGGGAACAGUUGGGUCUGAUCUCCUCAUAAAAAGUGAUGAAGCCUGCCGAGAUCUAGUAGACGAGGCCAAGAACUACCUGCUGUUGCCACAGGAACGCCCCUUGAUGCAAGGUCCUCGCACCAGGCCGCGGAAACCUAUCAAGACGGGGGAAGUCCUUUUUGCAGUGGGGGGCUGGUGUAGUGGAGAUGCAAUAGCUUCCGUGGAGCGGUUUGAGCCCACGACCUGCGAGUGGAGGAUGGUAGCCCCCAUGAGCAAGCGGAGAUGCGGGGUAGGCGUGGCGGUGCUCUCGGACUUGCUGUAUGCAGUGGGGGGGCAUGACGGACAGUCCUACCUCAAUAGUGUAGAAAGAUAUGACCCUCAGACUAACCAAUGGCUGUGUGAAGUGGCACCCACUAGCACCUGCCGAACGAGCGUAGGCGUGGCAGUCUUAGACGGAUACCUCUAUGCUGUAGGGGGACAGGAUGGGGUGUCCUGCCUCAAUGUAGUUGAACGGUAA